AAAUAUGUCUUCGAAGAGAAAGUCUCCGCCAACGAAACUUCACGACGGCAGCCCCAGCGACGCCCCCCCUAUCCAGACGCACAUGGGCAGCGGCAGCGACGGCGGGGGUCUGACCGAUCUCGACGACACCAGCAGUAACAACCUGAGCGACAUUUGCGAAGAAGAUACCAAUACCAUGGUGAACCCCUCGAAUACAUUCUACAAAUUGUCGGAAUCGUCAUCGCCAAGCGGUUGUGGCAGCGACAUAGACGACGGAUUGGACGACGAUCAUAUCCCAUCGAAGACGGCCAAGAUAUCUGGAGUUGCGGGUGAAAACAAUUGCAACAACUCGAUGAUGACGUCGGUGUCGCCGUGCAUAUCCGCCCUGUCUCUGCACAACGAGGAGCUGGAGCGGCGGCGGAACUCGUCGGAGUGCAGUUCGCCCAAUUCGGACGUUAAAACGAAUUUUCACUAUAACAACAAUAACAAUAGUUUAAUGAACAACAACAGUUCCUUGCAUCCGUUGAGGAGGUCGAUGGAUGACGUGCUGAAACGGUUGACGUCGAAGAUCACGACGAACUUGGUGAAGGAGGAACGAAGACCGACGCCUUCGUCGACGCCAAAUUCACAUAAUUCGGAUAUUGAGUCAGCUGCUAUUCAGCAGGCGAUACCUGGCGACAAUCCUAUGGAAAAAGAACGAACUUUAUCAGAACUGAUACUUCAACUUCAACUAGCCAGAGAACAGUUGUUGAUACAACAGCAACAACAGCAAGAAGCUAAUAAGUCGGCCAGUACGUCACCAGUUAUUAGUGAGACGCAUAAGCAGCUCGAAGUCCAAAGAAGGCAGCACGAGCAACUGCUGCAACAGCAGCAGAGAUUACAGGAACUGCAGGGACAGAUCUCAGCGCAAUAUUCUGGAGCAGGUCAUGUUGGACCACAAAAUGUCAUGUUUCUACCUUUCUUCGAACAAUUGUCUCGAGGAUUGCACAAUUCCGCCAUUCCGCCUGUCGUGGCGAAAAGUCCCCUGACAAACCAUAUGUUGCCACCGCAUCAAAUGCCCAACUGGAUCUCAGCAACGGCUCACUUAGCUCAAAUUCAACAACAGCAUAGACAACAACAGCAACAACAACAACAGCAGCACCAGCAGCAACAGUCCAGUGCACAACAACUAACCGUCAAUUCGAGCGAACGUAGAAGUCCUCAACAACACCCCUCAUCACCUUCCCUUCCUCCGAGCGAUCCGGACACGCCGUUGAACCUUUCCAAGCCGAAAUCAGGUGGGCCAAUGGAAUCAGCAGCUCAUACGCCCUCAAGUCAACAGCAGAACAUCAACGAUCAGCCAGUAGCCGCGACUGUUCCCCGUCUUCUGCCACCCAAUAUGAUGAUGCCCAGUCGUCCGUUUUUGCCGUACGCUGGUUUGCCUCCCCAAUUUCCUCUGCCUCCUGGAGUGGAUAGUAGAAAAGGCGGGAGUGACAUGAGGCAGAACGUGGAGAAGCAGUCGCACUUUCCUCCUCUUAUGUACGGAAUGCCUCCUCCAAAUCUGGGUGGGCGUUCGAAGGAGUCCGAUGGGAUGAAGGAGGAGAAUGAUUUUAUAACAGCCUGCCAAUUGUGGGGCGGCCCCGAUCCGAACUUCAAAAUGGACGAGAACUCGGACAAGGCGAAAAUCAUCAGACAGCAACCGAAACGCGAGUCCGACAACAAGCCCCACAUCAAGCGCCCCAUGAACGCGUUCAUGGUGUGGGCCAAAGACGAGCGGCGGAAGAUCCUGAAGGCCUGCCCCGACAUGCACAACUCGAACAUCUCGAAAAUCCUAGGCGCUCGAUGGAAGGGCAUGUCCAAUUCCGAGAAGCAACCCUACUACGAAGAACAAUCUCGCCUCUCGAAGCUGCACAUGGAAAAGCAUCCGGACUAUCGAUACAGACCCAGACCGAAAAGAACUUGUAUCGUGGACGGAAAGAAGAUGCGUAUAUCCGAGUACAAGAUGUUGAUGAGGCAGAGACGUCAAGAAAUGAGACAGUUAUGGUGCAGGGACAGUUCUGAUAUGAAUUUCAGCAUGUCCCCUUCGGCGGAUAUGUCACCUCCGGCCACAUCGACAUCGGGGAGACCCUCCCUGACUCCCCCUCAUCUGAUGAAUGGAGCGGGACCUAGCUCGGAUAGGGGAUUCUUCUAUCCCCAAGACAGUUCUUCGCCGGACGUUUUGAACUUUGCACACGAACGCAACGCAUACGAUUCUAGUCCGAGGAAGGACGACGACUGAGCCUGGCCUAAUGGGGAAAUGAUUUUCCCAGGAUGGUUCUGAACGGUUUCUUUUUUGUAUAGCGCCCCGCUAAUUGGGGAUGGAACGUCUAAAUUUUUCUUAGACUAGAAAUUGAAAACAAGAUUCGACUUAUAUUGGGACGUGCAGUGUCAUUAAAAUAUGUUUGGUUGUAUGCAAAGAGGCUAUAGAUAAUACCAAAUAAACUUUAAGUCUCGCGUGGUUAAGCUUGGCCGACACAGCGUUGCCAAAUUUAUAUAUUUUCUUUUAAUUAAUAUAUUCUAGAAAACUAAAAUGAAUGAAUUAUAAAUAUCUAAACAGUUAAUAUUUACAUCAACAAAACUAACCUCUUUAAAAGCACCUUAAGAUACAGAAAGAGCCAUUAUUACCGCUUUUUCAUUCAAAAUAUUCUAAUAAGGUUGCGAUGAGUUUCUUUGCAACGGCUGUUAAGAAUUUUCAACUGUAGGUCUGCUAGAAGAACAUUUAAGCUUAAAGUCAUACAACACAAUUCACUUAAGCUCAAAAACUCGUAAUACAAAACUAAAGCGCCAAAACGAUUCAAAAUGUCAGGAAAGAAAGAAAUAAAUGUGGAAAAUUGGGAUUUUUUACAACAGAGCAACUACCUGAAUCACCAGCGGGAAAUUUAAAUUCCAGUUAGUCAGUCCCGGGGCGUAUUAUUAAUAAUUGCGCCCUCGGUAACGUAACUAGCAGUUUAUUUGGUAUCAAUUAUACUUAUUAUUGAUCUGUUAUAUUUGUUAGAAGAGUCUACAUCAAUCAUUUCAACCUAUAACUGACUCAUUAAUCUGGAAAAUUUUAUUUAUUGGAAUAUGUGCGGAUAUUAUUUUAUAUUCUAUAUUUUUAAUUAAUUAAUUUUAAAACUUCCAUUUGAUUUCUUUCCAUUUCAUGCGUAUUUUUUUAUUUUUGCGAAGAAGACUGGAAGACUAUUUUUCAAGAAUUUAAAAAAUAAAAUUAUUAUAAGUUUUAGAUCACUAAUUAUAAAACGACAGAGAAUUGUUAAUUUUAUUCGAUUUUAUUCAGAAAUUCGACAUAUCAACGAAGGUUAUAUGUGCCCUAACUCCCAACAAAAUACUUUUCCUAAUUUUGAUAUUUAAAGUGACAUUUUUUUAUAAUCUUUUGGCGUUUUUGAAAGUGUUUCAUGCGUUUCAUUUCACAACUAUAUAAUAGAAUUUUCUUUCGCAGCUAUUACAAUGAUAAAAUAAAUGAUUCGUCAACAAUUGCUUAAAAAAUAGAUCAUUUUUAGGUUAUUUGUUACUACAUGUAUAAAACUAAAAAUAUAGAGCAUGAACUUAUUACUUAUUACGUACAGCCUAGCAACAAAAAAUAUCCUUUUAACUCCUAAUAAAACAAUACACUAUUAUGCAUGUUGGGCGAUAUAUAUUUUGUGUAAUUCAUGUCCAUUGCAAACUUCAUUAAUAACACAAAAGAGUUAGUCUGUUUUACAACAAGUUACAUAAAUAACUAAGUUUAAACACCUUCUACACUAUGCCCAAAAUAUUUCGCGAAAUAUUUCUGGAAAUAUUUUGUGAAACAUUUCGCGAAGCAUUUCUCGAAAUACUUUCGGAAGCAAAUUCAAUGCUUUUCUUUUGUUGCUGGGAAUAUUGGCCUGUCUACUGCAUACUCCGAAACAGUUAGAAAUCGACCGAGAUAAGCCGUGAUUGGUUGUUUAUUUUUUAUUGUUAUUGGAAUUGUCUCGGGAACUGUUUCGAGAAACGUUUCGACCGAUAUACUUUCGUAUUACUUGACGAAGUAAUCAAGGUUAAACUUUGUGUUGGCUUCAGAAAAAUAAGUAAAUAUGGAGUAUGAAUAAAUAUAAUUAGUUUCUAAUGGAAUGUAAAAAUUAAAAACAUUGCAUUUAGAAAACAGUUACCGAUGGUAAAAAGGCGUUUUUAGUUUUUUAGGAAAUGAAAAUAGGCCGAGACAAAUGAAACCAAGCCGAAACAACUGGAAAUAAGCCGAGGCAAAGUUAAACGAGGAAACACGACCUUGUUUUGCACUGUUUCACGCGUAGUGUAGAGGGUGUUUCAAAUUAUAGUCGAUAUGGGUAUCAGAAGAAAAAAUUGAAAUAUCAAAAUGGAUUAUCAAAAAAGUAUUAAAACUACUUGUAAAAUUUGUUGAUUUCAAUAGCUUAAACCAUCGUGUUUGGUUGUAUUAUCAUUUUUUUAACGACAUAUACCGGGUGCGUCUCAAAAGUUGCUCACCCCCUAUAACUUUUUUAUUCUUUCAGGUAAAUAAAC